AUUCGUUUGGGACUCGACGUAACGGAAAUACCCGUUGCUCUGGCGCUGCAUUCUAUUCCACACUGACCUGAGCCUCUCAGCCUGAGCCUGACCUGAGUCUGGCCCUGAUCCUCAACACCUUCUCUCCCUUCCUCAUUUGCAGAGGAAGCUUCCAUGAAACACAACCCAUCGUCGUUGUCGUCCUCCUCCUCAUCUAACCCGUCUCAAUCAUCGUCAAUUCAUGAGGCUUUUGGGUCGUUAUACAGAUUUGGAAUGGCAACGUAGAUGAUAGAACCAAGAGGCUCUGCAAGAUCUUGAUCUCAUUUCUAUAAUGGGGAUGAAUUCUGACAACGUACGUGGGUUUGUUUUGGCCGUUUCUUCGAGCUUUUUUAUUGGUUCGAGUUUUAUAGUGAAGAAAAAGGGGCUUAUGAGAGCAGGGAUGCAUGGAGUCAGAGCAGGUUUAGGUGGGUUCUCAUACUUGUACGAGCCUUUGUGGUGGCUUGGAAUGAUAUCCAUGGCCAUUGGCGAGAUAGCAAACUUUGCUGCUUAUGCAUUUGCUCCUGCAAUUCUUGUGACUCCUAUGGGAGCUCUGAGUAUCAUCUUCAGCUCAGUGCUGGCUCAUUUCAUUUUGGAUGAAAAAUUGCACAUUUUUGGCAUUCUUGGCUGUGUUCUUUGUGUGGUAGGCUCUGUUACUAUUGUUCUACAUGCUCCACGAGAGAAAGCUGUUGAAUCAGUUAAAGAAGUAUGGAACCUAGCCACUGGGCCAGGCUUCAUUGUUUACAUUUGUAUAGUUUCACUAUUGGUUCUUGUGCUCAUUUUCCGGUUUGUGCCACGUUAUGGGCAAAAAUAUAUGGUGGUAUAUGUUGGAAUUUGCUCUCUCAUGGGUUCUCUUACGGUUAUGUCUGUCAAAGCAGUGGGAAUUGCCUUGAAGUUAACUUUUUCAGGAUUGAAUCAGUUUAUCUACUUCCAAACAUGGGUUUUCAUUGUUGUAGUUGUUUUAUGCUGCCUCAUGCAGUUGAACUAUUUGAACAAGGCAUUGGACACCUUCAAUACUGCUGUUAUAUCCCCUGUUUACUAUGUUAUGUUCACAUCUUUCACCAUCAUAGCAAGCAUGAUCAUGUUUAAGGACUGGGACUCGCAAGAUGCAUCACAAAUUGCAACUGAAUUAUGUGGUUUCGUGACCAUCUUUUCUGGAACUUUUCUUCUACACAAGACGAAGGAUAUGGGUGAUAAUCAAUCUGGCGAGUCAGCCAUCUUGAUGGCUUCAAUUCCUGAAUCUAUAAGCUCCUCAGCUUCAAGUUCUAGAUAGGCAUAGGUGUUAGAUUUCAACCAUUUGGAUGUUGUACCUCUCAGGUCAAAGUUCCUCUUUGCAAUGUGAAAAGGCGUAUUGACAAGCAAAGAAAGAAUCUCCUGGUAUAGGCAUGACUCUUGACACCAUGUAACAGAUACCUGAAAAUUCAAAUUCCAUGAAUGUUAGGCAAUCCACAGGAGCCCGCCUAAAGAUCUUGAUGCCUUAUGUUGCUAAAAUUUCUGCUCUGUUUUUUGCAAGCUCGCCAUACCUAAUGUGAAUAGGUUUCAUAAUUGUAAGCUUGGAGAGUUCUUUGAGAUGAUAAGCACAGAACAUUGCAGAGUUUCUAGUACAUAGUUUCUAUCCUUUCUGUAUUUAAUGUCUUAACAAUCAGCCAACCGGGUUGGCCAUGCGUUUACACUUCCACCACCCCUCCCAAGACCAUCCUUAUAUC